AUGCCUUCACCCACAGAGAUUGCACACCAAUUCGACUCAAUUGAGGAUUCAAUUGCAGCAUUUAAGAAUGGCGAAUUCAUCAUUGUCCUCGAUUCGCAAGACCGCGAAAACGAAGGUGACCUAAUUAUCGCCGCCGAGUCCGUCACAGCCGCCCAGAUGGCUUUCCUGGUGCGUUAUACAAGCGGUUUAAUAUGCGCCCCCAUUACACCGGACCUCGCCACCCGCCUCGCACUCCCACAAAUGGUGGCCGAGAACGCCGACCCUAAGUGUACAGCAUACACAGUCACCAUCGACUCCAGCGACGACUCCGUGACGACAGGAAUAUCUGCCGAGGACCGCGCGCUGACUUGCCGCACGCUCGCCUCACCCACGGCGCAGAUCGACUCCUUCCGCCGGCCGGGUCAUAUUAUUCCGCUCCAGGCGCGCCCGGGUGGCGUGCGCGAGCGAACGGGCCACACCGAGGCUGCGGUGGAUUUCUGUAAGCUUGCUGGCAAGGCGCCUGCUGGUGUUAUUGCCGAGCUUGUUGAGGAGGAGGGGGAGGUUGUUGAAGGUGUUGCGGAAGUCGGGGGCAAUAAUGGUAUGAUGCGUCGCGAUGGAUGUUUGCGAUUUGGAAAGAAGUGGGGUAUUAAGGUGUGUACUAUUGAGGAUCUAGUGUUGUACUUGGAUCGUGUUGAGGGUGGUGCUACGAAUGGAAAGCAUUGA